AUGAAAUUGCAUGAAAGAUCAUUUGAUGAUGUUGAAUUGACCCCUUCAGAUGAAGAAUUUGACAAAGGAGAGCACAAAGAUCAAGAAAUUGAGGACCAAUCUCAUGUAGACAACCGUAGGAUACCUUGGAAUAAAAUGAAACCAUACUUAGGGGAAAAAUACGAAAGCCUAGAGCAGUCCAAGCUUUGUCUAACAAAUUAUGCGGUGGCUAAUAGAUACCAAUUGUUGUUUACCAAGUGUGAUCGUUCUAGGAUAUUAAGGAGAAAAACCAGAAUCGGAAUCAGAAUCGGAGUCGAUCAAGAUCAUCAUCUUGACACAUUUGCAAAUCAUAAAAAGGGGAAACCAUUUCUUUCUCUUCUUUCUUCUUCACCUUUUCAAACCCCCUUCUCCUGGAUUUCACCGAACUUAUUCGCUAAUUUUGCUAUCGAUUGUGAGUUUUUUCCAUAUCAAGUUCAUACUGACAUGGCGGAUAUUCCAACUUCAGAUGAUCUGAAAGACUUAUCCUUGCAUUCAAAUGGAGGUCCAGAGACAAUCAAACCCAAUCCACUUGUCGUAUGCUUUGGGGAAAUGUUGAUUGAUUUCGUUCCUUCGAUUUCUGGGGUUUCACUUGCAGAAGCACCCGAUUUCAAGAAAGCUCCUGGUGGUGCUCCUGCUAAUGUCGCUGUUGGUAUAGCAAGAUUGGGAGGCUCUUCCGCUUUCAUAGGCAAGGUGGGUGAUGAUGAAUUUGGUCACAUGUUGGCUGAUAUUUUGAAGAAAAACAAAGUCGACAACUCUGGGAUGCGAUUUGACCAAAAUGCAAGAACAGCAUUGGCUUUUGUUACUCUAAAAUCUGAUGGCGAGAGGGAAUUUAUGUUUUUUCGUAAUCCGAGUGCCGACAUGCUUCUUCGUGAAUCGGAACUUGAUUUGAAUCUUAUCAAGCAGGCGAGUAUAUUCCACUAUGGUUCUAUUAGCUUGAUAGAGGAGCCAUGCAAAUCAACACAUCUAGUUGCAAUGGCAAUAGCAAGGAAAUCGGGAAGCAUCCUAUCUUAUGAUGUGAAUUUGAGAUUACCAUUAUGGCCCUCAGAGGAUGCGGCUCGACAAGGCAUAAUGAGCAUAUGGGAUCAAGCAGAUAUCAUCAAGGUAAGUGAGGAUGAAAUUACGUUUUUGACCGGGGGUGACGAUCCUUACGACGAUAACGUGGUGUUGAAUAAACUUUUUCAUCCAAAUCUUAAACUUUUGCUUGUAAGUGAAGGGCCAGAUGGGUGUAGAUAUUAUACAAAGGAAUUUAAGGGUAGAGUUCCGAGUGUUAAAGUAAAGCCUGUUGAUACUACGGGUGCUGGAGAUGCAUUUGUUGGGGGAAUUUUAAGCAAUUUGGCUUUGGAUACAAAUCUUUAUAAGGACGAGGCAAAACUAAGAGAAGCACUUGUUUUUGCAAACGCAUGUGGGGCCCUAACUGUAACAAAGAAAGGAGCCAUUCCAGCUAUGCCCACAAGAGAUGAAGUCCACGAAAUAUUGAAAAACGAAUGAUUUGUUUGUGUUUUUUUUGUUAUGUUUUUUGUACUUGUUAAUAAGAUGAGCUCCAUUCUUUUUUGGAAGAAAAAAAAAGGUUUAUUUGAAUUGAAUCAUAUACCCUAGUACAAUGUACAAGUCUUAUCUGCAUAGGUAGCAGUUGUAGUUGUACAUUGAAGGCGAAUAGAUGGAGUUUGUAUGCCACUUGUCAACAUUGUUGGGAAAAAAAUGUUGGUUUUUGAAGACCUUUUUUUGGUCCAUUUGUAGGGAACUUAUAAAAAAUGUAUGGAAUAAGUGUUAGUUAACAAUCUCUAUGUGUAUGUGU